AGCUGUGGCCAAUGCCCAGUGCUGGGUCGCCUGAAUUCCCUUCGCCCUCAGAAGAUACCGGCCAGGCCAGGUCGGCGGGACCCUAGAGCUGCAGCUCCCCAGUGACCCGCGGGUCAGGGGAGAUGUGGGGCAGGGAGGGGUUAGGAGCGCUGCGAUCUGCCCCUGCCGAGGGCAGCCGGAGGUGAUUGGGGUGGUGUGUGCUCAGGAAGGACUUUCCACCCCCCCCCCCAUGAGAAGCUCCUGAUUGACAGAACCCCCGGCGGCAGCAAUCAAUGACGGGGUGGAACCGAGCGGCGGGGGCUCGUCCACCAGCUGAGGGGGGUUUGCUGGGACGAGUGAAGCUCACAGCCCGGAGCUCUCUGGCUCCCACUCGCCCAAUGAAGCCUUGCUAAGCGGGGGGGGGAGCAGCAGAAGGGGGCUGGCGGCGGGCUGCACGCCAGUAAGAAGGACCGAGGAGACAGGGAAACAGGCAGGCACCCUCCAGCGCGCUGUGCCCUGCCCUGCCCCUGCCAAGGGGCCGAUCAGCCCGGUGCCCGCAGGCUGGAGCCGCGCGGCAGGCGCCAAAGGGGUUGGUUCUCCUCGGGCAGGUAACAUGGAGCAGCUGAACUGACCUGAGGAGCCAUCCCAGCUUUGCCCAGAAUGGGCUGUGUGUAUUGCAAGGAGAAGGGGUCGAAUAAAGGCCAGACGGAGAACAUUGAUGGCACGACCAGCUCGGCAUCGAAAUCCUGCUACGACCCCGACCCGACCCAGCAGAAUCUCAGCAGCAGCUUCACCCGCAUCCCUGACUUUAACAAUUUCCACAGCACGCCUGUCAGCACCGCCGGCGCCCCCACCUUCAUGGGCCCCGGCCUCUACCCCAGCAGCACCUUGCACAUGGGUGGAGGGGGGAUCACAGGCGGGGGGGUGACCCUAUUCAUUGCCUUGUACGAUUACGAAGCCCGGACGGAGGAUGACCUGACGUUCCUGAAGGGGGAGAAAUUCCACAUUAUCAACAAUACCGAGGGCGACUGGUGGGAGGCAAGGUCCCUGAACACAGGGGCCACGGGCUAUGUUCCCAGCAACUACGUGGCCCCGGUGGACUCCAUCCAGGCAGAAGAGUGGUACUUUGGGAAGAUGGGGCGAAAGGAUGCCGAGAGGCAGCUGCUGUGUCACAGCAACCCCCGAGGGACCUUCCUCAUCCGCGAGAGUGAGACCACCAAAGGUGCCUACUCCCUGUCCAUCCGGGACUGGGACGAGACGAAGGGCGACCACGUGAAGCACUAUAAGAUCCGGAAGCUGGAUAACGGGGGUUAUUACAUCACCACACGGGCUCAGUUCGAGACCAUCCAGGAGCUGGUCCAGCAUUACAUAGAGCGAGCUGCGGGGCUAUGCUACCGUCUGGCCGUGCCGUGCCACAAGGGGAUGCCCAAGCUGGCAGACCUGUCUGUCAAAACCAAAGACGUGUGGGAGAUCCCGCGAGAGUCGCUGCAGCUGAUCAAGAAGCUGGGCAAUGGGCAGUUUGGGGAAGUGUGGAUGGGCACUUGGAACGGCACCACCAAGGUGGCGGUGAAGACGCUGAAGCCGGGCACCAUGUCCCCGGAGGCCUUCCUGGAGGAGGCCCAGAUCAUGAAGCGGCUCCGGCACGACAAGCUGGUGCAGCUCUACGCUGUGGUGUCAGAGGAGCCCAUCUACAUCGUCACUGAGUUCAUGAGCCAGGGGAGCUUGCUGGAUUUUCUGAAGGAUGGAGAAGGCCGGUUCCUGAAGCUGCCCCAGCUGGUGGACAUGGCGGCCCAGAUCGCGGCCGGCAUGGCCUACAUCGAGCGGAUGAACUACAUCCACCGGGACUUGCGCGCUGCAAACAUCCUGGUGGCUGACAACCUGGUGUGUAAGAUUGCGGACUUCGGCCUGGCCCGCCUCAUCGAGGAUAAUGAGUACACAGCACGCCAAGGUGCCAAGUUCCCCAUCAAGUGGACGGCCCCGGAGGCUGCUCUCUAUGGGAAAUUCACCAUCAAGUCGGACGUGUGGUCCUUCGGCAUUCUUGUGACAGAGCUCGUCACCAAGGGCCGCGUGCCCUAUCCAGGCAUGAAUAACCGAGAGGUGCUGGAGCAGGUGGAGCGGGGGUACCGCAUGCAGUGCCCGGGCAGUUGCCCCCCCUCCCUGCACGAGUUGAUGGUGCAGUGCUGGAAGAAGGAGCCCGAGGAGCGCCCCACUUUCGAAUACCUCCAGUCCUUCCUGGAAGACUAUUUCACUGCCACAGAGCCUCAGUACCAGCCGGGGGACAACCAGUGAGCCCCACUCUCCGAGCCAGCCAGCUGUGCCCAGGGGCCCUUCCCUGCAGCGGCUGCACCAGGCCAGGACUUCCCUCUUUGUACAAUCUGGGCCAGACUGUUUUUUUAUGGUCCCCUUUUGGGGAUUUUGUUACUUUCCUGCCAACUGGCAUGCCGCUCACUCUGCCCUUGGGGGGCAGGGAGUGCUUUGCACAAAUGCCCCCUAUUCUAAUGAGGAUCCCACCCCCAGCCCAGGGCUGUUCUCCGGGAGGGGGAGAGCUGAGUGAGGCUGCUCUGUUGGUCCUGCAUGGAGAAAUCCCCCCACCUCCCUCCACCCCUCUUUCCAGCUGCCUUCAACACCUAGCUCUUAACCUGAGAGAGGUAUUUUGUUUUCCCUGGGGAGCAAUGAGGCCGUGCUGCCCGCAGGGGCCAGAGCCCAGCCCAGCCUGCAGACAAUGGGGCACCCAGAGCUUGGAGGGGCGCUCAAUGUGGGUGCCCUGGGCUUCGGAGAGGACAGUGGCCGGGCCCACUGCGCUUCAGUGGCCUUGGAUGGGGCUGGGCCAGGGCCACCGUCCGUGUCUCCCGCGCCCCCCCCCCCACUGGAUUGCAGCAGCUUUGGAGCGUGUACGUCAGGCCAUUCUCUCCUGGGGCUGACGGCUGCGCCCUGUCUCCGGCCCCUCCGUUCUGGAGUGUCAGACACGUGUGUCCCAUCCCCCCGGCUGCUGGCGCCCCCCUCCUGGAGUUAGCGCCACCAUCUGCAACACAAGUGCCUGGGGUGGAAGAGGGGGUCUUUGACUCAGGAUGGGGGGCUGUGGGGUGCCCAGGCCAUAGGAGACAGACAUUGCAGAAGCUAUCCAAGCGCCAUGCAAGGCCUGGACAGAAGCUGGGAGAGGGGAUGUGUGGAAGGUAACCAGUUUCUCCACGCCCCCCCCGCCCCGCAGCCCAGCCAAGUGCCCCCAUCUUCCGGGAGCAGGGGA